UGUUAACGAGACGGGUUGGGGGUUUUGGGAAAUGACCACUCCAUCCAGAGAGGUAAGGGCAAGCUUCCUGGAGGCACAGGGGCCAGAGAUUUGAAAGAUUAGGAGUUAAGCAGGUAGCUAAGCUGGAAGAGGCUGUUGCUUGAAUGGAGAGCAGCGAGAGUGAAAGCCCAGAGGGGUGAAGCAGUCUAGCACUUGGGGCAAGGAGUUUGCAUUGGGGAAGCAAGGAGAGAGGAGACUAGAGAGGUGGGCAGGGCUCAAGUUCUGAAAGUCUUACGUGCCAUGCUAAGAAUUUGGAUUCUGUCCUGUGGUCAUUGGUGAACUUUUGGAGACUAUUUGGCAGGACAGUGAUGUAAUCGGAUUUGCCCUUUCUUGGAAUCAUUCUAGUGGCUGUGUAGAGGAGAAAGAGAAACUGGAAGCAGUCAGCCCAUUUAGGAAGCUGUCAAAAUAACCAGGGGCUAGAUGUAGGUCUGAAGAGGGAUGGGGAGAGGAGUGUACCUCACAAGUCAUUUGUAUACCCAGAAGACUAUAGGGACCCCUCCUUGCCCUCCCUGUGGCUGUCUUGCUGACAGGCUGCUGCAGCAGCCAUACCAAGAGUGUGGAGGACAUCGGUUCAGAAAGCACUUGGUGUCUUUGCAGAUGGGCUGGCAGAGGAGAUGGAUGGCAAAGUUCUUUGUGCUGCUUUUAUUCCUUUUGGAGACAUCACAGAUGUUCAGAUUCCACUGGAUUAUGAAACAGGUGUUUAUUCAGUGUCACUCAUAUUCAGCUGCCUAAUGCCAGGAAAAGAACUUGAGACAUUUUGAGUCAUGAACAUUCUGCAUGUGGUUGAUGAUGACUGGUUGAAAAAGUUUUCUAGGAAGAUUCUUGAAGAGAAGAAAGAGGAAGAAGGGUCAGAGCCUCCCAAAGUGGAAACCCAGGAGGGAGAGCCCGCUGUAAAAAAGGCCAAGUCAAACCCUAAGGUGUACAUGGACAUCAAGGUCGGGAACAAGCCAGCAGGCCGCAUCCAGAUGCUCCUGCGUUCAGACGUUGUUCCCAUGACAGCAGAGAAUUUCCGCUGUCUGUGCGCCCGCGAGAAGGGCUUUGGCUUCAAGGGCAGCAGCUUCCACCGCAUCAUCCCCCAGUUCACGUGCCAGGGCAGCGAUUUCACCAACCACAGCGGCACUGGGGGCAAGUCCAUCUACAGGAAGAAGUUUGACGAUGAAAACUUCAUCCUCAAACACACGGGACCAGGCCUGCUCUCCAUGGCCAACUCUGGUCCAAACACCAACGGCUCCCAGUUCUUCCUCACGUGUGACAAGACGGAUUGGCUGGACGGCAAGCACAUGGUAUUUGGGGAGAUCACGGAAGGCCUGGAUGUCUUGCGGCAGAUUGAGGCCCAGGGCAGCAAGGACGGGAAGCCCAAGCAGAAGGUCAUCAUCUCCGACUGUGGGGAGUACGUGUGAGAGGGCAGCUGUCAGCCCGGGGGACCGGCAGCCAAGUUGUCCCGUUGGCAGCAAGCAGGGCUUUGUGUCCUGGCCCUUCCUUGGGGGCGGCGUGGGGCAGCUCCUCUGCAGGCCGGCCUGGGCCUCCUCUGGCUGUUCCCCAAGUGGGGCCGUGGGCCAGGGUGCUGCCCUCCACACCGUGGACGGCUGUGUGUGCUCUUUCCAGGCCAGGGCCUCUCCUGGGCCCACCUGUGUGGAUCUUGGCUGUGUCUUCUGGUAAAAUUAAUCCUAGUUCUUGUACUGCUGCCACGCAGCCAGGUCCCAGGUGUUUUCAGAGGUUGCACCUGUGACUGACCUGUCCUGCUGCAACGGAUGACGGACGGUAGCACCUCGCGUGCUGCUUCCCUCCCCUCCAGGCUGGCCCAGAAGGCACACCCUUGUCAGACCACUGCAGGGCAGCAGAGGUCAGAGCUGCUGUAGAAGUGCCUCUGUCUCCUGUCUCUGACCUGCUGCCAGGCAGGCGAGGUGGGUGAGCCAGGCCCCGUUCCUGCUCUCACGCCUGCUGGUCUUGAGUCUAAUAGGGCACAGUGGUCCGUCUCAGUGACCCGUUCACUUAUUGUUCGUUCGGUGAACCAACAGUCAGAAUUGUACUACAGCAGAAUCCAGGGCCCUUCUUUUGCCAGGCCGUGAGCUUGGUGCCGGGGAGACACAAGAAGCCAGAGGUGGUUCCUGCCCCGCCCCCAGUCCCACCUGGAAGUUGCACUCCAACGCUGAGGUCUGUCACCUGCUCUAGGCUCGCCUGUCACCCACAGCAGCCAGGCCACCUCGCAGCAACCCGCCGUGCCGAGGCUGAGCCCCGUCAGGUGCUCAGUCACCAGCAGCCUCUUCCAGGGCUGCCACCUGCUCCCCUGCCGCCUGCGAGUGGCUGUCUGGAUCGAGUCUCAGCAUUCAGAAAUGCUGCGCUGGGCUGCUCCCCUCAGCCUGUGUCUCAUUUUGGGCUGAGAUCAGGUUGAGUCGGGGGGCUGGGGCAGCCUGCUGGCCCCAGUGCCCCCAGGUCAGUUGCUGCGGAGGGGUGGGUGCCAGGCCUCCCUCUGCUGCCCUGUGCCGGUCUGGCUCUCUGCCUUCAGGUGGGGCUUCAUCCCCCUUCCUGGCUGGGGCCCUCACUACUUAACAGAGGCGUCCCUCUCACUGGUGGUCAGCUGUGGCUGUCA